AUGGCAAAAGAAACUAUCAUACUACCUGGUCUUAUUGUGACCCUAGUCAUCGCAUUGGGAUGCAACAUCGAAGAGGCUUUAGCGAGAGAUGUGAAGCUAGUGAAACUCAGCGAUGUAAAACCCGAAACUUUGACAACACUAAAAGGAGAAGAAGAAAUACUACUCAUGAAAGACAAACUUAUAAAAGAGAUUGAGAAUGCAAAGAAAUUGCUGGGAGAGUUGAAAGGGUUGAAGAAGGAAUCAAAAGGUGAUAUGAAAGAGGAGCUGAGUUCUUUGGUAAAAUCUGAAUCGCUACUUAAUGAAAUUUCAGAUUCUCUCAAGAACGGAACGUGCAACACUAACAAAGCUACCAUAUUUGUUGAGAAAGAAUCAUUUUUCUACAGAGCAUGGAAGGAGAAUGCAUAUCAUUCGGUGGUUCCAGAGAAAGAGAAAGAGUUUAUGUCUACGAUAAAACGCAUUGUUAAGCUGUUGAAGAAAACUUAA